ACAGCAAAUGAUCAGUUCAUAUUUAGUGCUGGUACGCGACGGUCGACUUUUCCGAAAAUAAAAAGUAAAGCAUUUAAAAUAAAAAUAAUCUUUUAAUAAUUAAAAAAAAGAAAAAUAAUAAUAAUAAAAAAAUAAAAAAUUAAUUAAAAUACAACAAACAUAUUAAAAAAAGAAAUUAAUUAAUUAAACAAAAAAAAAAAAUAAUAAGAGAAUAGAGAGAAUUAUCCAAACGAAACGAGUAAUAAGCAAAAAAUUAAGUUUAAAUUUUUGUGUGUUAAAGCUUUUGAGGUUUGUUGUUGUUGCUUUUGUUUUGUUGUUAGCUUUGUUAACUUGAAACAGAAACAAAAUAAAUUCGAAAAAAAACCGAAAUACAUUUAGUGUUGUCAUUUGUAUGUACCUUGAUUAUUAGCUAAGAGUAAGUCGCUAGUGCUAGAGUGUUUUUCGUUCUGUUAGAUAUUUUUGCUAAAAAAAAAAAAAAAAAAAUUAGAAAAAAAGAAACAAAAACAAAAAAGUGUUUUGUGUAUACGUCUAUGAAAACCUACUCUCUCACACUUUUGUAUCUGAGUCCAAAUUCAUUAACUAAACCAAUAUAAAGUGCCAGUGAAUAAUAUUUUAAAAAUAAAGCAUUUCGUUAUUUCACUGUUUUAUUAUUUUCUGUGUUUUUUUUUUGUGUUUUAUUUUAUUUUUCGUGACAACUAAUCAAUAAAAGAAAUUAUUGUACAAAACUAAAAUUAUAGUUAAGAAAUCAAAGAAGAAACAACACGCAUACGAAAAAUUGUAAAAAAGUAAAAGAAAAUACAACGAAAAACCCGAAGAAAGAGAAAAAAAAUAAAAAUAAAUUAAAUUCGAAAGUUUAAAAAACAAAAUAUUUUGUUUAAAUUUAAAUUUAUACAAAAACGUUUCAAAAGUGUAACGGAAAUUUAAAAAAAACGAAUUUAAAAUUUUAACAUUUAUUUACACGUGGCAAAGUAACAAAAGUGUUUUAUAUCAAACAAAAUGGUCUCAAGAAAUGCCAAAAAGAAACAACAAAAUGUUGGCACAACAUCUUCCACAUCUAACAAUGCCGCCUCAUCAACAACAAACGCCUCCUCCGCCACCUCCUCUAACAAGGCUGUGAAAAAGCUGGAUGCUGAUUUAGCACAUGCCACGCAAGCGCAAGGCAUAGCCAGCAGUACCUCAGGAGAAUUUCAUAUGGCUAAGCACUAUAAAGCCUCAUCGUCGUCUUCAAAGUCGGCUAUUAGCGAAACCAGUGUAACCGAGAUACAAUCGAAUAACGAAUCAUCAUUGUCAUCAUCAUCGAAAUUUAGCUCAAAAUCUCAGCAUCAUCAAGAGAUGUCGGAUGAAUUUUCCUCCAUGGGAAAGAUCAUAUCGUCUGUCGAUUUAGUUAGUGAGUCUGCCAUAAAGGAACCGGUAUUUUCGGUGCCCAUAGAUGUGGUGGACAUAACCACCAGUGGCAGUACCGGCAGCAUGAAAAAAGUUUUCUCCUCCAUCACCUCCUCAUCGCAAUCGACUUCCCAGUCCAUGUCCCAAAAUAUGGCCUCUAUAUCAUCCUCCUCUAAAGCCAUCACCGAUGGCUCAGCUGGUUAUAUAGUGGAUGUUGAAUUUAAGCCAGAAACGGUUAUCAUAAAAGAUGAAUCGAUGGCUACUAAGCAAGCAUUUCAAACGCUGGCUAAAUCAACCAACGGUGCUACUGAAAUGACAUCAUCGUCAACCAUGUCAAGCCAGUUUAUAGCUGCAGAAUCAGUUAAUGGCAAAACAACAAGAGCUGAGCAGCAGAGUAACACCAACACUGAAAAACAACAUUAUACCAUACCAGCCACACAAGCAAAUAAUAAUAAAACCAUUACUAGUGGUGGUUCAGACAAUAAUGUUCUUUUACCUGCCGAUACGUAUGAGGUAUUCAUGCCGCCAACACCAACACCUUCUACGUCAUCCAUGACGUCGAAUGUGCAAAACAACACAAUCAACAAGUCUUCCAUGCAAAACUUUGAUGACUUCACUGCCAUCGACAAUAAUACGUCACUGACCAGUAUUGAGCAAAAUAAAGCUUCCUCUACCAACAUCAAUACAAAGAACACUAGCAAUACUAGCACCAUCACCUCCUCUUCCUCGACAACUCAAGCAUUACGUGAUACCAAUAUUUCCAGCACUAACAGUGUAAAUAAAAAAUCUUUAAGCACGAAACAAAUUUCCGAAAAAGAGAGCCUAACCCAAGAGCAAUUAUCGAAGAAGAGUUCUUCAAAGUCGAAGAAAGAGGUUUACGAUGUCAAGACCAAGACCUGGAGUGAGUUUCAUGAGGCCACCAACGAUACUAAACAACCAACAUACGAACGUUUCGUUAGCCAAGGUUCGGAUGGUACUUGCAAAGUUACGUACAAAAAGAAAAUCUAUGAUCGUCGUAACAACAAGUGGCGUAUCGUUGAAGAGAAGACUGUGAAUAAUGCUAAUGAAAAAGUAUUCCCCGAAAUAGUUGAUGAUGUCAUUAAUACUACGACCACUACAUAUACAACUAAAAUCUAUGAUUCGAAGCUGGGACAGUGGAAAGUUGUUGAUGAGAAAUCGUUUGUUGAUUCUAAAGCGUAUGUGCCACAAGACAUAGCUCGUGAGAUUGAGAAAGAUAAUACAGAUGUUGCCAACAUUACAACAACAACUGAGAUCACAAAGAUCUACGAUGCUAGUAUUAAUGACUGGCGUGUUCUAGAUGAGAAAACGCGUACCGAUGUCAUUGAAAAGAUUGUAGAGGCUCCCAAGAAAACCGUUUACAUUGAUGAGUAUACUGAAAUUGAGAAGAAUUCAAAAAUAUUGGAAGAUAAUGAAAAUAUUGAAUACAAUUUAAAUAAGACUUCAAAACGUAAAGAUGUAACCGAAAAUAUUUACGAUGAAAUAAAUGAAACACAAAUAAAUCGCAAGAAAUUAACCGAUUCACGAAAGGAUGGAGUCGAUAAAAGAACAACUCAAAGAACUACUCACACUGAAAUGUGCAUAUGUGAAAUUUGUACUUGCGGACGCCAUCAUUGUACAACUAGCGAUACAGUAUCGAACACCUUAAAACAGGACACCCUUAUAGAAUCGACAGAUAUGGUUGACAAUGUUGAAACAACAAGAGUACGCACAAACACGUGGUCGAAAUCAGAUUUCGAAGACAAUGAAUCUCUAACCACAACUAGAAAAACUGACAAAUACAUUCCCAAACCACUACCAGGUACCGAAAGACAUUUAGAUAGCACUAAGGAAGUAACAGAAAAUGAAGAAUACGAAUACAUUAUACGAACUCAACCAGUGCGACCCCAUGACAACUUGAAGCCGGAAGGUGAAUUUUACAAACCCGAAAAAGAGCAGUAUAGACCCUCCGAAAGACCAGCUCCCGUCAAACCAGAAGAUAAUUUAAGACCGGAGGGUGAGUUUUACACUCCUGAUAAACCAGGUUAUAGACCCUCAGAACGUCCCACACAAAAGCGUCCCGAAGAUAAUCUUAAACCUGAAGGAGAAUUCUAUACUCCAGAAAAGCCUGGCUACAGACCUGCUGACAGAACUGAAGUUAUUAUAAGAAAAGAUAAUCUUCGAUCAGAAGGAGAAAUGACUUUUACAGAAAAAGAAGAAUACAAAUAUGUUCAAAGACCGCAGCCAGUUCUCAGGGGUGACAAUCUCAAACCUGAGGGAGAAUUUUAUGCUCCGGAAAAACCUCAAUAUAAACCAGGCGAAAGACCCUCUCAAGUACGACCUGAGGAUAAUUUGAGGCCAGAAGGAGAAUUUUAUACCCCUGAUAAACCUGGCUUUAGGCCCGCUGAAAGACCUCAACAAAAACGGCCUGAGGAUAACUUAAAACCAGAGGGUGAUUUCUAUGCUCCAGAAAAACCUUCGUACAAACCUGGAGAAAGGCCUUCGCAAAUUCGUCAGGCUGACAAUUUGAAACCAGAAGGUGAUUUUUAUACACCAGAAAAACCUGGAUUCAAACCUGCAGAAAGACCUCAACAAAAACGUCCAGAGGAUAACUUGAAACCAGAAGGUGAUUUUUACGCUCCAGAUAAACCCUCAUAUAAGCCUGGUGAAAGACCAACUCAAGUUCGCCAUGAAGACAACUUAAAACCAGAAGGUGAUUUUUAUACCCCAGAAAAGCCAGGUUUCAAGCCAGCAGAAAGACCACAACAAAAACGGCCCGAGGAUAAUUUAAGACCGGAGGGUGAAUUUUACACACCGGAGAAACCAGGUUUCAGACCUGCUGAAAGGCCUCAACAAAAACGUCCAGAGGAUAACUUGAAACCAGAAGGUGAUUUUUACGCUCCAGAUAAACCCUCAUAUAAGCCUGGUGAAAGACCUAGUCAAGUUCGCCAUGAAGAUAACUUGAGACCAGAAGGUGAUUUUUAUACUCCAGAAAAGCCAGGUUUUAAGCCAGCAGAAAGACCGCAACAAAAACGACCGGAGGAUAAUUUAAAACCAGAGGGUGACUUUUAUGCGCCCGAAAAGCCUUCUUAUAAACCAGGUGAAAGGCCCACACAAGUUCGCCCAGAAGACAAUUUUAGACCAGAAGGUGAAUUUUAUACUACAGAAAAACCAGGUUUUAAGCCAGCCGAAAGACCACAACAAAAACGUCCAGAAGAUAACUUGAAACCAGAGGGAGAUUUUUACACACCGGACAAACCUGCAUACAAACCUGGUGAAAGACCAACCCAAGUUCGCCAUGAGGAUAAUUUAAGACCUGAGGGUGAGUUUUAUACUCCUGAAAAACCUGGCUUCCGGCCAGCAGAAAGACCUCAGCAAAAACGUCCUGAGGACAAUCUUAAACCAGAAGGUGAUUUUUACGCUCCUGAUAAACCCUCGUACAAACCAGGUGAAAGACCUACUCAAGUUCGACCAGAAGACAAUUUAAGACCAGAAGGUGAAUUUUACACUCCAGAAAAACCCGGCUUCCGACCAGCAGAAAGACCUCAGCAAAAGCGGCCUGAGGAUAAUCUAAAACCAGAAGGUGAUUUUUACACUCCGGAUAAACCUUUGUACAAACCAGGCGAAAGACCCACACAAGUUCGUCCAGAAGACAAUUUAAGACCAGAGGGUGAAUUCUACGCUCCUGAAAAGCCUGGAUUCAAACCAGCGGAAAGACCACAACAAAAACGACCUGAAGAUAAUCUAAAACCUGAAGGUGAGUUUUAUGCCCCAGAUAAACCAAAAUAUAAACCUGGUGAAAGACCAACUCAAGUUCGUCCCGAAGACAAUCUUCGACCAGAAGGUGAAUUCUAUACCCCAGAAAAGCUAGGAUUCAGACCAGCAGAAAAAACUGAGAGGAUUAUUAGAAAGGACAAUCUUCGCACAGAAGGAGAAAUGUUUUUCACAGAAAAAGAAGAAUAUCAUUAUGUUAGCAGACCCGAACCAGUCAAAAGAUUAGACAACUUAAAACCAGAAGGUGAAUUCUAUACUCCUGAAAAGCCUAAAUUUGUUCCAGGUGAAAGACCCACUCAGGUACGUCACGAUGAUAACUUAAAACCGGAAGGAGAGUUCUAUACGCCAGAAAAACCUGGAUACAGACCAGCAGAACGUCCCACACAAAAGAAACCAGAGGAUAAUCUGAAACCCGAAGGUGAAUUCUAUACUCCAGAUAAACCUGGAUAUAGACCAGCGGAGCGACCUAUUCAGAAAAAACCGCAAGAUAAUUUGAAGCCAGAAGGCGAAUUUACUGUACCAGAUAAACCUACCUUCACCCCUGCUGAAAAAACCGAGCGUAUUAUUAGAAAGGAUAAUUUACGUACUGAGGGUGAAAUGACAUUUACCGAGAAAGAAGAAUACCAAUACGUAAUUCGUCAAGAACCAGUAAAACGAUUGGAUAAUUUGAAACCAGAAGGAGAUUUUUAUACACCAGAAAAGCCCAAAUAUAUCGCUGGUGAACGUCCCCACCAAAUUCGACCCGAAGAUAAUUUAAAGCCUGAAGGAGAAUUCUACACUCCAGAAAAGACCGGCUAUAGACCAGCAGAACGACCAGUUCAAAAGAAACCGGAAGACAAUCUAAGACCAGAAGGCGAAUUUACGGUUCCUGAUAAGCAUGUUUUUAAACCUGCUGAGCGAACUGAAAGAAUAAUAAGAACAGACAAUCUGCGCACGGAAGGUGAAAUGACAUUUGUUGAGAAGGAAGAAUAUCAGUAUGUUAAGCGACCAGAACCUGUAAGGAGAUUAGACAAUCUUAAGCCUGAAGGAGAAUUUUAUGCCCCAGAAAAACUGAAAUACAUGCCAGGCGAAAGACCAACACAAGUACGACCAGAAGAUAAUCUAAAACCAGAAGGAGAUUUCUACACCCCAGAAAAGCCAGGUUUCCGUCCAGCUGAAAGACCAGUUCAAAAGAAACCAGAGGACAAUCUUAAGCCUGAAGGCGAUUUCUACACCCCUGAAAAACCUGGUUUCCGCCCAGCUGAAAGACCAGUGCAAAAGAAACCAGAAGAUAAUCUCAAACCCGAAGGAGAUUUCUACACACCUGAAAAGCCUGGUUUCCGUCCAGCUGAAAGACCAGUUCAAAAGAAACCCGAGGACAAUCUUAAGCCUGAAGGCGAUUUCUACACCCCAGAAAAGCCUGGUUUCCGUCCAGCUGAAAGACCAGUUCAAAAGAAACCAGAAGAUAAUCUUAAGCCUGAAGGAGACUUUUACACUCCAGAAAAGCCUGGUUUCCGACCAGCUGAAAGACCAAUUCAGAAGAAACCAGAAGACAAUCUAAGACCAGAAGGUGAAUUUACCGUUCCAGAUAAGCCUGUUUUUAAACCUGCUGAGCGAACUGAAAGAAUAAUAAGAACAGAUAACCUACGCACGGAAGGUGAAAUGACAUUUGUUGAGAAGGAAGAAUAUCAAUAUGUUAAGCGACCAGAACCUGUAAGGAGAUUAGAUAAUCUUAAGCCUGAAGGAGAAUUUUAUGCUCCAGAAAAACUGAAAUACGUACCAGGCGAAAGACCAACACAAGUACGACCAGAAGAUAAUCUAAAACCAGAAGGAGAUUUCUACACCCCAGAAAAACAAGGUUUUCGUCCAGCUGAAAGACCAGUUCAAAAGAAACCUGAAGACAAUCUUAAGCCUGAAGGAGAUUUCUACACCCCAGAAAAACCAGGUUUCCGUCCGGCUGAACGUCCAGUUCAAAAGAAACCAGAAGAUAAUCUAAAACCAGAAGGAGAUUUCUACACCCCAGAAAAACCAGGUUUCCGUCCAGCUGAAAGACCAGUUCAAAAGAAACCAGAAGAUAAUCUCAAACCUGAAGGGGACUUCUACACUCCAGAAAAGCCUGGUUUCCGUCCAGCUGAAAGACCAGUGCAAAAGAAACCAGAGGACAAUCUGAAACCAGAGGGUGACUUUUAUGCACCAGAGAAACCUAAGUACGUUUCCGGUGAAAGACCUUCACAGGUUCGUCCAGAAGAUAAUCUAAGACCUGAAGGAGAUUUCUACACGCCUGACAAGCCAGAUUUCCGUCCAGCUGAAAGACCAGUUCAAAAGAAGCCUGAAGAUAAUCUUAAACCUGAAGGAGAUUUCUACACUCCAGAAAAGCCUGGUUUCCGACCAGCUGAAAGACCAGUGCAAAAGAAACCAGAAGACAAUCUCAAGCCUGAAGGAGAGUUCUAUACUCCAGAAAAACCUGGUUUCCGUCCAGCUGAAAGACCAGUACAAAAGAAACCAGAAGACAAUCUCAAGCCUGAGGGAGAUUUCUAUACUCCAGAAAAACCUGGUUUCCGUCCAGCUGAAAGACCCGUGCAGAAAAAACCGGAGGACAAUCUUAAACCAGAGGGCGAUUUUUAUGCACCAGAAAAACCUAAAUACGUUUCCGGCGAAAGGCCUUCACAAGUUCGUCCAGAAGAUAACUUAAGACCAGAAGGAGACUUCUAUACACCUGAUAAGACAGACUUCCGUCCAGCUGAAAGACCUGUGCAAAAGAAACCAGAAGAUAAUCUUAAGCCUGAAGGAGAGUUCUACACUCCAGAAAAGCCUGGUUUCCGUCCAGCUGAAAGACCCGUGCAGAAGAAACCAGAAGAUAAUCUCAAACCAGAAGGAGAUUUCUAUACACCUGAGAAACCUGGUUUCCGACCUGCUGAAAGACCAGUGCAAAAGAAACCAGAGGACAAUCUCAAACCAGAAGGUGACUUCUAUACGCCAGAGAAACCUAAAUACGUUUCCGGUGAAAGACCUUCACAGGUUCGUCCAGAAGAUAAUCUGAGACCAGAGGGAGAUUUCUACACUCCAGAAAAGCCUGGUUUCCGCCCAGCUGAAAGACCAGUGCAGAAGAAACCAGAAGAUAAUCUUAAACCAGAAGGAGAUUUCUAUACACCUGAAAAACCUGGUUUCCGACCUGCUGAAAGACCAGUUCAAAAGAAACCCGAGGACAAUCUCAAACCAGAAGGUGACUUCUAUACGCCAGAGAAACCUAAAUACGUUUCCGGAGAAAGGCCUUCACAGGUUCGUCCAGAAGAUAAUCUGAGACCAGAGGGAGAUUUCUAUACUCCGGAAAAGCCUGGUUUCCAUCCAGCUGAAAGACCAGUGCAAAAGAAACCAGAGGACAAUCUCAAACCUGAGGGAGAUUUCUAUACUCCAGAAAAACCUGGUUUCCGUCCAGCUGAAAGACCAGUGCAAAAGAAACCAGAAGAUAAUCUAAAGCCUGAAGGAGAUUUCUACACUCCAGAAAAGCCUGGUUUCCGCCCAGCUGAAAGACCAGUGCAAAAGAAACCAGAGGACAAUCUCAAACCAGAAGGUGAUUUUUAUGCACCAGAGAAACCUAAAUAUGUUUCUGGUGAACGGCCUUCACAGGUUCGUCCAGAAGACAAUCUAAGACCAGAAGGAGAUUUUUACACUCCAGAAAAGCCUGGUUUCCGUCCAGCUGAAAGACCUGUGCAAAAGAAACCAGAGGAUAAUCUCAAACCAGAAGGAGAUUUCUAUACACCUGAGAAACCUGGUUUCCGACCUGCAGAGAGACCUCUUCAAAAGAAACCUGAAGAUAACUUGAAGCCAGAGGGCGAUUUCUAUACACCAGAGAAGCCCGCCUAUAUUCCGGGCGAAAGACCUUCUCAAGUGCGCCCAGAGGAUAACUUAAGGCCAGAAGGAGAUUUUUCAGUACCCGAUAAACCAAGUUAUAGGCCAGCAGAAAAAACUGAACGCAUUGUAAGGAAAGACAACUUGCGAACAGAAGGUGAAAUGACAUUUGUUGAAAAAGAAGAAUAUCAGUAUGUUAAAAGGCCGGAGCCCGUUAAACGUUUGGAUAAUUUGAAACCAGAAGGAGAAUUCUAUGCCCCUGAAAAGCCGAAGUUUGUUGCUGGAGAAAGACCUACCCAAGUGCGUCCUGAAGAUAAUCUGAAACCAGAAGGUGAUUUUACAAUUCCGGAAAAGCCUACUUACAAACCUGCUGAAAGAGUUGAGCGUAUUGUAAGAAAAGAUAAUCUUCGUACUGAAGGAGAAAUGACAUUUGUAGAGAAGGAAGAUUAUCAAUUCGUCGUCAGGCCUGCCCAAGUACGUCCUGAAGAUAACUUGAGACCUGAAGGUGAUUUCUACACUCCCGAAAAGCCUGGUUUCCGUCCAGCCGAAAGACCAGUUCAAAAGAAACCAGAAGAUAAUCUGAAGCCCGAAGGAGAUUUCUACACUCCUGAAAAACCUGGCUUCCGUCCUGCUGAAAGACCUGUACAAAAGAAACCGGAAGAUAAUCUUAAGCCUGAAGGAGAUUUCUACACUCCCGAAAAGCCUGGUUUCCGUCCUGCUGAAAGACCAGUUCAAAAGAAACCAGAAGAUAAUCUGAAACCAGAAGGAGAUUUCUACACGCCUGAAAAGCCUGGCUUCCGUCCGGCUGAAAGACCGGUACAAAAGAAACCUGAAGAUAAUCUUAAGCCUGAAGGAGAUUUCUACACGCCUGAAAAGCCUGGUUUCCGUCCGGCUGAAAGACCCGUGCAAAAGAAACCUGAAGAUAAUCUUAAGCCUGAAGGAGAUUUCUACACUCCAGAAAAACCUGGUUUCCGUCCUGCUGAAAGACCUGUGCAAAAGAAACCAGAAGAUAAUCUCAAACCAGAGGGUGAUUUCUAUACACCCGAUAAGCCUAAAUUCGUUUCGGGUGAAAGACCUUCCCAAAUUCGUCCUGAAGAUAAUCUUAGACCCGAAGGAGACUUCUAUACACCUGAUAAGCCAGGUUUCCGUCCGGCCGAAAGACCUGUUCAAAAGAAACCAGAAGAUAAUCUAAAACCUGAAGGAGAUUUCUAUACUCCAGAAAAAACAGGUUUCCGUCCAGCUGAAAGACCCGUGCAAAAGAAACCUGAAGAUAAUCUUAAGCCUGAAGGAGAUUUCUACACGCCAGAAAAGCCCGGUUACCGCCCGGCUGAAAGACCCGUUCAAAAGAAACCAGAAGAUAAUCUCAAACCAGAGGGUGAUUUUUACACACCCGAAAAGCCUAAAUUCGUUUCGGGUGAAAGACCUUCCCAAGUUCGUCCUGAGGAUAAUCUAAGACCAGAAGGAGACUUCUAUACACCUGAGAAGCCUGGUUUCCGACCUGCCGAAAGACCCGUUCAAAAGAAACCAGAAGAUAAUCUUAAACCUGAAGGAGAUUUCUACACUCCCGAAAAACCUGGUUUCCGUCCUGCUGAAAGACCUGUUCAAAAGAAACCAGAAGAUAAUCUUAAACCUGAAGGAGAUUUCUAUACUCCCGAAAAGACUGGUUACCGUCCUGCUGAAAGACCUAUUCAAAAGAAGCCAGAGGAUAAUCUGAAGCCUGAAGGAGAUUUCUACACUCCAGAAAAGCCUGGUUUCCGCCCUGCAGAAAGACCAGUACAAAAGAAACCAGAAGAUAAUCUUAAGCCUGAGGGUGAAUUUACUGUUCCAGAAAAGACCGUUUUUAAACCCGCCGAAAAAACGCAAAGAAUAAUUCGUAAGGACAAUCUUCGUACCGAGGGAGAAAUGACCUUUGUUGAAAAAGAAGAAUAUAAAUAUGUUAGAAGACCUGAACCUGUUAAGAAAAGAGACAAUCUUAAACCCGAAGGUGAAUUCUAUGCUCCUGAAAAACCGAAAUUCAUUCCUGGCGAACGACCAACCCAAGUUCGACAUGAAGAUAAUCUUAAGCCUGAAGGCGACUUUUAUUCUCCCGAAAAGACAGGUUACAAGCCUGCGGAAAAGGUGGUGCAGAAGAAACCCAAGGAUAACCUUAAGCCUGAAGGUGAAUUUACAGUUCCUGAUAAGCCAACAUUCAAACCAGCUGAAAAAACUGAACGGAUCAUAAGAAAAGAUAAUUUACGUACUGAAGGCGAAAUGACAUUUAUUGAAAAAGAAGAGUAUCAAUAUGUAAAGAGGCCUGAGCCCGUAAAAAUGAAGGAUAACCUGAAACCGGAGGGUGACUUCUAUACCCCUGAGAAAGAAGGUUUUAAACCAGCAGAAAGACCUGUUCAAAAGAAACCACAAGAUAACCUUAAACCAGAGGGUGAUUUCUAUACCCCAGAGAAGCAAGGCUUUAAACCGGCAGAGAGACCAGUUCAAAAGAAACCACAGGAUAACUUGAAACCAGAAGGUGACUUUACCGUUCCGGAUAAACCUACCUACAAGCCAGGAGAAAAGACAACACGUAUUAUUAGAAAAGAUAAUUUGCGUACAGAAGGUGAAAUGACAUUUGUUGAAAAAGAUGAAUACAAAUAUGUUAAGAGGCCAGAGCCAAUCAAACAAUCCGAUAAUCUUAAGCCGGAAGGCGAAUUUUACACACCAGAGAAAAGUGGGUUUAAACCUGCUGAACGACCAUCACAAAAGAAGCCUGUUGAUAAUCUUAAACCAGAAGGUGAUUUUUAUGCUCCAAGUAAACCUGGUUUUAAACCUGCCGAACGUCCAGUUGCAAAGAAACCGGUUGAUAAUUUGAAACCUGAGGGAGAUUUUACAACUCCUGAAAAACCUUCUUAUAAGCCAGCAGACAAAGUGCAGCGAGUCAUUCACAAAGACAAUUUGCGUACGGAAGGUGAAAUGACAUUUGAGCAAAAAGAAAUAUAUCAACAUGUGAAAAGGCCAACUCCAAUUAAACCCACUGACAAUUUGAAGCCAGAGGGCGAGUUUGUUACACCAGAAAAGCCUUUAUAUAAACCGGGUGAAAGAGUAGAGCGCGUUAUACAUAAGGAUAACCUGCGUACAGAGGGUGAAAUGACAUUCGAUAGAAAGACUACUUACCAACAUGUAAAGAGACCAACACCAAUCAAACCUAACGAUAAUUUGAAACCCGAAGGCGAAUUCGUUACACCAGAAAAAUCUCCUUAUAAACCGGGAGAAAGAGUAGAGCGUGUGGUGCGCAAAGACAAUCUUCGAACUGAAGGUGAAAUGACAUUCGAACAAAAAGAUACUUAUCAGUACGUUAAGAAACCAACACCAAUCAAACCCACUGAUAAUCUAAAACCAGAGGGAGAUUUCUACAAAAAAGAAAAACCCACGGGUCCUAAAGAUGUUGUCGAUAGAGCUACUCCUAAACGUCCAGUUGACAAUUUGAAACUCGAAGGUAAAAUGGAUAUUGUUAAAAAGAAUGAAACUAAAACUACUCAACAAACCACUGUGCGUCAAACUAAGAGCAAAUACGCACAUAAUAGUUCUUCCAUUAGUUUGGGAACAGACAGUUCCAUUCUUAAGACAACAAGUCAGAUGAGUUUUGCAUCUGGUAAGACAGCUGUUCCUGUUACUGAUUUAACAACUGAAAAACCAGCUGAUGGCAUGGUCAUUGUCUCUACUAAAAAGGUCAUCACUGUCGUUGGGGGUAAAUCCAAAAAGGAACCUGAAACACAAUAUAUCAGGAGACAGGGCAAGGUUAAUGUCAUUGAAAAUGUGGAAAAAUCAUCAACUACGAAGAAUAUAAAGAAUGUGGAAAACAUCCACCACGAAGACGUUUCUCUCACCCAAAACCGUGUAACGGCAAGAAACAAAACUAUAGUGGAUUCUACACAACAUGAUAGCAAGCAUAUAACAAAUGGCAGCACUUCUGUGACUAACAGUAUUCAAAAUAACUCAACAGUACAUGGUACACAUAGAAUAACGUCCGACAAUCAACACCAGCACACAUGCUUGGCUGACAAACUCACGUCUUCGAACCAACACAUACAUACCGAUGGCACAACUAUAAUCAGAAGAGCUACCUGUGUUAAUCAAAGACAUGGAACUUCUUCUGAUAUGAAGAGCUUAAUUAGUGGUGGAGGAAGCAGUGGUCAUGUUUCGCACACCCACGAUACUGCAUCAAAGGUUGCAAAAACCAUGAAUGGAAAUACCAGCAACAUAGCCCGCACCAGCUCAACAAACAUUAGCUCAAAUAGUUUAGAAAGCUCUAGUGCCACCUCAACUUCGACAAUGUCGACCAGCAAGCAGUUCCAUCAUCGUAAAACAGAAUUUUCAUCUGAGUCCAAUGUGGCCAAUACAAUAUUGCAACGUAAAAACGCACCAGCCGAAACCAAUCAGUUUGGUAGUCUUACAUCAAAUGCCAAGAUACAACGCAAGAGUAUAAUGAAUCUUAACGAACAACCCUCGAGCAAUUGGUUCCCCAGCGAAAGACAAAGUUACACCACUAUCCAUCGCCAGAAAGAAGCAGAGUCUUCAGCCGCAAACAAUCUAAGUGAACGACGCAGCAUAACAACAAAACACCGUGAAAUGAAAGAUCAACAGACCAACAACCGGGGAUCAACAGCCCACCAUACUAUGUCUGUACAUACAUCCGCUCUCGAUUUCCCUUCUUACAGCCGGGCGAGCUCAGAACGUGUUGUUACACGUCAACGUGCCAAUCAAUCAUCGAUUUCUUUCGGAAAUGAAACUUCCUCUUCGUCAAGCCUUUAUAAAAUGGAAUACAAAACGCUUCCGGUCACAACAUGUGCUGUGCAUAAAGUAAAACAAGGUGCAUUCCAACACACUAGGGAUACUCAUGAUCAUAAAUUUUUCAAAAGCAACUAAUUAAGCAAUUUGUAAUAUCUGAUUUUUUUUUUGUAAACAUGCAGAAUUAAUUGUUAAUGCAUAUUAUUAAUAUUCCCCCUAUUUUCUUAUUAUUUUUUUGUUAACACAUUAGUUACUAACAUUUACACAUAUAAUACGUAAUAAUAUUUUUUUAUACAUAUCACAAUAAACAAUACAAUUGUCAUUUAUUAUUAAUAAAAAGUCUCGAAAUUUAAAAAAAAUAAAAUUAAAACAAUUGUG